AAUAAACACCUCAAUCAUUUAGAUUUUAAAAGCCAUGAUUCACAAAACAUUUUCUUUUUUAUUCAUAGCUAUUUUUUUCUUAAUUUUUUGUCUAUCCUCAAGAACAUCCUCUACAAGAUUAUCACAAGCACGUAGGGCUAUUAUGGCUGAUGAUGAUAAUGGUGAUUAUCAGGAUAAUAAUAAUAAUGAUUAUAAUGAUGCUAGCUCACCAGCAAUACCACCUGAGUAUGUUGGAUCUCCAAUGCGACCUCAUUCCUCUAAACCAGAUCAUUCAGCAACUGAUCAACACCCACCACCUGCUGUUAUACACCCACCCCCUGCAACCCCAACGGGAUGCAGUGGAAUGAAUCGACAAGAAUUAGAAAAUUGUAUACGUCGUCAAGUAAAUAGGGAUCUCUGCAAGAAUUAUAACAUAUGUUAAAAUGAUCCAUAAAUUAUGUAGUAUUAUUAUUACCAAUGCUUUAGAUAAUUAAUUAAUCAAUUAAAUAGAUGGUUUAUAAACUUUAGAACUCCACUUUGUACUGGAUGGGUACAUUUUAUUUCAUUAAAUUAUCUCCCAAAAGAGGAUACCACACAAAAUAUUUCAAUUUUUUCUAUUGUGAAUGGUCCUUUUUAUACU